AUGAAAAGAAGACAAUCAGAGAGCUCUUCCGCACCCCGUGACCACAAGCCGAUCCGACCGGCAAACUCCAGUCUGGGCCGUGCCACCUCAUCCCCACGCUCCUUUUCAUUCUUCUCUCCUUCUCUCCCAACUUAUUCUUCUUGUCUUUUGGAAACCGUCAAGCUGGCGUCCGACAAUUCAAAAGUGUCUUCCCUGUUGGCCCCUCGUGGCAUAUCCUUCCCUCCGGAUGUUGACACAGGGCCGCAGCGGUUAUCUCCAAGCAUGACCUCAAAACAAGGCCGCCGAAGGCGGUCCAGCAGUCUUAUCUACCAGGAGCCGGCCGAGUCUAUCGAACAUACCAGCGAUCAGGCCGCAUUGCCAAAUCUGAAUGCAAACUGGGUGAACGCCAAGGGUGCCUGGACCAUCCAUUUCGUGUGUAUCGCCGCUCUCAAGAUUUUCUAUGAUAUCAUCCCGGGCGUCUCGCAGGAAACUUCAUGGACCCUCACCAAUAUCAGCUACAUGUUCGGAUCUUUCCUCAUGUUCCACUGGGUGCGGGGCAUCCCGUUCGAGUUCAACGCCGGUGCCUACGACAAUCUCAACAUGUGGGAGCAGAUCGAUAAUGGCGACCAGUACACACCCGCUAAGAAGUUCUUGCUCUGCGUGCCUAUCGUGCUCUUCCUCCUCAGCACUCAUUAUACCCAUUUCGAUUUGACCCACUUUACUAUCAACUUCCUGGCCACGUUGGGAGUGGUAAUUCCCAAGCUGCCUUUCUCGCAUCGGUUGCGAAUAGGUCUCUUCUCCGAUAUACCCGAGGAGUCAUAG